GUCAGAGCGUAAGAACGUCAAGAGGCGGCAAAGGAGACAGUGGGUACCUUCACUUUCAAAACAAAUACUUGCUGUAAGAAGACAAACAGGAUCAAGAUGUCCAAGAUCGAGAAGAUGAGCAUUCUUGGAGUGAGGAGUUUUGGAGUGGAGGAUAAGGACAAGCAGGUUAUAUCGUUCUUUACCCCCCUGACAGUGCUGGUGGGACCCAACGGGGCAGGCAAAACGACCAUCAUUGAGUGUCUUAAGUAUGUCACAUCAGGAGACUUCCCACCAGGCAGUAAAGGAAGUACCUUUGUUCAUGACCCAAAGGAUGCCCACGAGACGGACGUGCGGGCCCAGAUCCGGCUUCAGUUCCGAGACGUCAACGGGGAGCAGGUGGCCGUCCAGAGGUCCAUGCAGAGCACCCAGAAGGGCAAGAGGGCCGAAUUCAAAACCCUGGAGGGCGUCAUCACCAGGAUCAAGCACGGGGAGAAAGUCAGCCUGAGUUCAAAGUGCGCAGAGAUCGACCGGGAGAUGAUCACCGCCCUGGGGGUUUCCAAGGCUGUCCUCAACCACGUCAUCUUCUGCCACCAGGAGGAGUCCAAUUGGCCGCUGAGCGAAGGGAAGGCCCUCAAGCAGAAGUUUGACGACAUCUUCUCCGCUACAAGGUACAUCAAGGUGCUGGAGACGCUGCGGCAGCUGAGGCUGAAGCAGUCCAGCUGCGUCAAGAACUGUCAGAUGGAGCUCAAGUACCUGAAGCUGAACAAGGAAAAGGCCCAGGAGAUCCGCGACCUGCUGGCCACCAAGGAGACGCAACUGGCCGCCUCCAAGGAGAGCGUGCAGCGCAUCGAGGGCCAGAUCGACCCGCUGGAGAACCGACUGAUUGAAAUUGAUAAUAAUCUAAGGAAAGUGAUGAAUCUGGACAACGAUAUCAAGGCCCUGGAAAGCAGGAAGAAGCAAAUGGAGGAGGACAAUCGGGAACUGGAGGAGAAGAUGGAGCAGGUGUUCCAGGGCUCGGACGAGCAGCUGCAGGAGAUGUACCAGAACCACCAGAAGACCGUGCGGGACAAGGAGAGGCGGCUGGCCGAGUGCCAGAGAGAGGUGGAGCGGGCCGGCCGCGACUGCCAGAGACUGAACCGCGUCAAGUCCGACCUGCUGGUGGAGCAGGGGGGCCUGCAGCAGGAGGCAGACCGCCACGCACAGAGCAUAAAGAGUCGCGACUCCCAGGUGAAAGCCCUGGCCUCCUACCUGGAGAUGGAGGGCUAUGAGAGAACGCCCUUCACUGAGCGGCAGCUCAGGAGCUUCCACCAGCAGGUGCAGGAGAGGCUGGCCCGGGAGACCAAGACAGCCAAUCAGGUCAUGAGUGAUAUGCAGGAGAAGGAAGCAAUGAAACAGCAGAGCAUUGACGAAAUUCGAGACAAGAAGACUGGGCUGGAGAGGACCAUCGAGCUGAAGAAGGACCUGCGGGACAGGAAGCAGCAGGAGCUGAGGAACGUGAAGGGGGACCUGCAGAGGCUGGAGGGGUCGUCCGCCCGGCUGCAGGAGCUGGAGCAGGAGCUGGCCAAAGCGGAGCGGGAGCUGGAGAACACGGUGCAGAGCUCCAACGUGGACGGGCUGAAGGCGGAGGUGCAGGAGCUGCAGAGGGAGAAGGCGGAGUUGGACAAAGCCCAGCGCAAGCUCGACCAGGAGAUGGAGACGCUGAACGCUCACACCAAGACCAGGACGGAGCUGGACAUGCUGAAGAAGGACAAGAUGGAUAAGGAGGAGCAGGUGCGGAAGAUCAAAUCCAGGCACAAUGAUGACCUGGUGUCCCUGAUGGGUUACUUUCCCAACAAGAGGCAGCUGGAGGACUGGAUCCAUGGCAAGAACAAAGAGAUUGGCACCACUAGAGACAAGCUCUGCAAGCUUAAUAAGGAUCUGGCCUCGGGUGAGCAGAAUAAGAGCCACUGCACUGCGGAGAUCAGACGGAAGGAGCAGCAGCUGGCCAGCUACGAGGAGCAGCUCUUCAACGUGUGCGGCAGCCAGGACUUCCAGUCCGACCUCAGCAAGCUGCAGGACGACCUGGAGAAAUGCUCCAAACAGAGAGCGAUGCUGGCGGGCGCCACGGCGGUCUACACCCAGUUCAUCAGCCAGCUGACGGAGGGGGGCGAGCCCUGCUGCCCCGUGUGCCAGCGCACCUUCCCCUCGGAGGCCGAGCUCCAGGACGUCAUCAACGACAUGCAGUCCAAGCUGCGCCUGGUGCCGGACAAGCUGAAGAACACGGAGCAGGACCUGAAGAGGAAGGAGAGGAGGCGGGAUGAGAUGAUGGCCCUCAAACCCAUCAGGCAGUCCCUGUCUGAGCUCCAGGAGAAGGAUCUGCCGGAGCUUCGCAACAAACUGCAAGGCAUCAACCGUGAGAUCGAGCGCCUGAAGGGGGACAUCGAGGAGCAGGAGACCGUGCUGUCCAUGCUGACGUCCGAGGAGGACACGGCCAAAGCCUGCCUGCAGGACAUCUCCCUCAUGGACAGAUACCUGCUGGACCUGAGAGACGUGGAGAGGAAGAUCGCCCAACAGACGGGCAAGCUCCAGGGGGUGGAUCUGACGCGAACCGUCCAGCAGGUCAACCAGGAGAAGCAGGAGACACAGCACCGCCUGGACACCAUUUCCAGCAAAAUGGACCUGAAGAGGAAGCUGAUCCAGGAUCAGCAGGAGCAGAUCCAGGCCCUGAAGAGUGCAGUGAACGAGACCCUAGCUGAGAAGCUGCAGAUCUCCAGCAACAUGCAGCGGCAGCAGCAGCUGGAGGACCAGUGCGUGGAGUUCUCCACCGAGAUCCAGGCCCUGCAGAGAGAGAUCCGGGAUGCUCAGGAGCAGGCCGCCCCCCUGGCUGCCACGCUGGAAAAGCUCCAGCAGGAGAAGCAGGAGCUCAUUGGCCGCAGGAAGCAGAAGCAGGAGGAGGGGCAGGAGAAGAUAAACGGCAUUAAGGAGCGAGCCAGAAACAUUGCGGUCCAUGAGAAGGAGAUUGAGACAUACAUUAAAGAGGGGAAAGAUGAAUACAAAGAGCAAAAAGAGGCAGAGCUGCAGAGGACGAGCACCCAGCUCCACGAGGCCGAGAAGCAGCGGGAGAAGAUAAACGAGGACAUCGGGAACAUCCGGCAGGACAUUGACACACAGAAGGUCCAGGAGCGCUGGCUGCAGGACAACCUGACGCUGAGGAAGCGCAUGGAGGAGCUGCAGGAGGUGUCUGAGAAACGGGAGGCCCUGCUGAAGGAGAUGGGGACCAUGCAGGUCCUGCAGCUGCGAACUGAGCGCAGGGAGGCAGAACGCCGCCUGGAGGAUCUGAAGAAGAACCGCAGCCUGGCGCUCGGCCGGCAGAAGGGCUUUGAGGAGGAGAUCCUGCGCUUCCGCAAGGAGCUCCGAGAGGAUCAGUACAACCAGGCCGACGAGCGCUACCGCGACAAGAUGAUCGUCAUGCGCACCACCGAGCUGGCCAACAAGGACCUGGACAUCUACUACAAGGCCCUCGACCAAACCAUAAUGAAGUUUCACAGCAUGAAGAUGGAGGAGAUCAACAAAAUCAUCCGGGACCUUUGGCGCAGCACCUAUCGGGGGCAAGACAUAGAGUACGUGGAGAUCCGCUCCGACGUGGACGAGAACGCUUCGGCGGGAGUGAGGAGGAGGACCUACAACUACCGCGUGGUGAUGGUGAAAGGUGACACAGCACUGGACAUGAGGGGGCGCUGCAGUGCCGGGCAGAAGGUCCUGGCCUCCCUUAUCAUCCGCCUGGCUCUGGCAGAGACCUUCUGCCUCAACUGCGGGAUUCUGGCCCUGGAUGAGCCCACCACCAACCUGGACCGAGAGAAUAUUGAGUCCCUGGCACACGCCCUUGUGGAGAUCAUCAAGAGCCGCUCCAAACAGCGCAACUUCCAGCUGCUCAUCAUCACCCACGACGAAGACUUCGUGGAGCUCCUGGGGCGCUCCAACUACGUGGAGCAUUUCUACAGGAUCAAGAAGAACAUCGACCAGUGCUCUGAGAUCUCGAAGUGCAGCGUGGCCUCCCUCAACUCCUACCUGCAUUAACCACUUUAGCGCACCAGAGCUCCGGCUGUCACUCCACAGACUGUUUGGCUGGGCUCCAUCUACUCACAGCACUGACCCAGUGCUCUACGGGGCCGCUCUGAGCCGUUCGGGCUCCACAGCUUGGGUUUUGUCUGUUGCCUCUUUUUCCCUGACCCCGUUUUUUGCAUUUCUGUUAAUCGUUCUGUGAAUUGUUCUGCCAAAUGUAGGGUUUUUUUUCUCCACAAAUUCAGAUGAUUUCAUUGUAUUUU